AUGGACAAGUAUGUGAUACUUUCUCGCAUUGGAGAAGGGGCUCAUGGGGUAGUUCUUAAGGGUCGGCACAAAGAUACAGGAAGAUUAGUAGCUCUUAAGAAGAUACAAUUAAGAAAUGUCGAUGAUGGUAUACCUCACACAGCCAUAAGAGAAAUCAAGGCACUUCAACUUACUUCUUUUCACCCUAAUAUCGUGAGGUUACAUGAAUUUUUUCCUCAUGGAAUGGGAUUCACUCUCGUUUUUGACUGCAUGCUAUCUGAUUUAAGUGAAAUUCUCCGAUCUAUAGAAUCUCGUCUUUGUGAAGGACAAAUAAAAACCUACAUGCUUAUGCUUCUUCGAGGAGUUAGCUUUUUGCACUCGAAUAGUAUAAUGCAUAGAGAUCUGAAGCCUGCUAAUUUGCUUAUUGAUAGUUGUGGUGUUUUAAAAAUUGCGGACUUUGGUCUGGCAAGAUUAUUUUCGGAUGAUAAAAACAGACUAUACAGCCAUCAGGUCGCCACUCGUUGGUAUCGAUCUCCUGAAUUAUUGUAUGGUGCAAGACAUUAUUCCAAAAGUGUUGAUUUGUGGGCAGUUGGGUGUAUUUUUGGUGAACUUAUUAACAAUUCGCCUAUUUUCCCGGGCGAAAACGAUAUUGAACAAUUAUGGUUCGUCAUUCGUGUAUUGGGCACACCAACAGAGAAAAAUUGGCCGGGAUUAAGUCGUCUGCCGGAUUAUAAUAAGAUAACCUUCAAUCGUUGUAAACCAGUUGCCCUGGAGGAAAUUCUGCUCUCUCCUUCUCCCUUGGGAGUUGAUCUUUUGAAAAAGUUUUUGAAUUACGAUCAGAGUAAAAGAAUUUCCGCCGAAACGGCUCUUCUGCAUGAUUAUUUUCUGACGGAACCGCUUCCAGUUGACCACGCAAAACUUCCAAGAAUAUCAACUAAACGACAUUCUGGUGCACCUUUUGAAGGUUGCCUCAAGGCUCCUCUUAACUUAUUACUUCCUCCAUCAAGUUACUUUGACGAGGCUGCUUCUUAUUUUCCCUAA